AUGGUUAUGAACGAACUUAAUUAUCUGAUUAUUUAUUAUGAUUAUGUGGAUCUACACGAAGCGAACAAGAAACUCCAAGCUGGCGGAGCCAAACCUGGCGCCGAUACUAGCCAGGAAAGAAAACAAUUAGAAGAACAUAGACGUCAGUUGGAAGAGCAGAGGAAGCAGAUUGAGGAACGCGCGAGAACAUCUGACGGUAGAAUGAGAGCUGCUGAAGAAAAAGAAAGGGCACUACAAACUUUAGACCAGGACUUGAAAAAGAGAAAAGCAAAAAUGGAUCAAUUGGAGCAACAACUUCAAAAGAGUGGUGGAUCGCCAGACAAAAGACUGGCAGAAAUGCAAAAAGCACUGGACACUGCAGAAAAAGAACUGGAAAGAGCGAAAGAAGAAGCUGGAAGAAGUUCGGCGGAAACAGAGAGAUUGCUUCAGCUCAUGCAAAUGACGCAAGAAGAACAAAAUUCGAAAGAAAAACAGAUACGCGAACUUCAAGACGCUCUUAAAGCCGCACAAGCUAAAUUAAAACAAGCCACAACUGCACAGCAUCAAGAGAAGAUAAAAGAAAACUAUUACAAUCCUGAUGAAAUAAAUAAUGGCAUUACCAAUGGUGACAUCGAAAUGUGGCGAGGAGAAUUGAAAUUAAAAGACAGGAGAAUUUAUGAAUUGGAAAUGGAGAUACAAUCUAUUGAAGACUUUCUAAAUAGCCAUUCAGAGACGAAUGGUAUCGUUGAAUUGCAAAAAAUAAUAAAGAAGAAGCUAUCGAAAAUCCAUAAACUAGAGACUACUGUGGCGGAGUUUGAAGAUUUUCUUAAACAAAAUCCUGACGUUAAAGAAUUGCAUGAUCUUAAAUGUCAAGUUGAUUUGAAAGAACGCAGAAUACGUGAUUUGGAAAGCUGGAUUGAGAGGAAUGGCGACGUGGGAAUUGAGAAAACACGUAUUAUUGAAUUGGAACAAAUGGUGACACAUCUUGAAAAAUAUGUCAAGAGCCACAACGUUGACGCGCUUAAACAAAAACUACAAGACCGCGAAGAAAGAAUAGAACAGUUAUUGAAAAAAAUUGAAACGUUAGAUAAAGAAUUGAUGAGAAGAGAGCCGAUUAAAAAUACAAAUAAUUUAUGUGACGACGAAUUACUCAAUAAUUUUGAUGAUGAUGAAAAAAUGCAGAUUAUUAAGAAGGUUAUAUAUGAUAAAGAGGUUAAAAUGAAAGAAAUGGAACAUGCGAUAUCGGAAAAAGACAAUAGUAUCCAAGGUUAUGAACAACAAGUAAUUGAGCUGCAAGACAAAAUAUUUAAAAUGGUCGAUGAGAUGAAAAGUAUGAAAAUAGAAUUGAGUGAGUACGAAGCUGAGGAUAUUGGAGUGCUGAAAGAAGAGAUAAGAGUGAGAGAUGAAAAAGUUCAACAGUUGGAGGAAGAAAUAGACUCACUUGAGCGGGUAUUUGGUGAUAGAAUGGAUUUAGAAGAAAUAGAAGAGCUAUUGAAUGUUAUUAAGAGAAAAGAAGAGCAUCAAAAACAAUUGGAGCUUAAUCUUACUAAAGAAAAAAAUGAAAAUAAAGAGCUGAGAGCUGCACUUAGAGACAGUGUCGCGAUUGCUAAUGAAGCUGAAAGAAAAUUCAAGCAAACAGAAAAGAGUAAAGAGGAUUCUAUUGACAGGGUAAAAAAGUUAGAACAGAAAGGAACAACUUUACAAUCAACGAACGCGUUAAAAUGUCACUCAUGCCGGUCUCUAAUUAAAAAAUUCUUAAAAUGCGAAAAGAAUUUGAAGCGCCUGAAAGAUGAAAGAAGAAUCCAACUAAAAGAUCUUCAUCACUUAAGGUGCGAAAGUUUGAAAGCAGCAUUAUCAGAAAAAGAUGCUCAUCUGGCAUUAUUAGAGCUUUCAGCAGCAAAAACAGUAACUCAAUUCGAUCAAAUGGAACUAUUAAAAGCCGAUAAAGCAAGAUUACUUGAUGAAUUAAAAAAAGAGGAUAGAAAGUGCAUAGAAUUAUCUGAAGAGGAAUCAAGUGACUCUACGACUGAAUCAACAAUUGUUUCUAAAAUUCUUGAACCCACGUUCGUCGAAGAUGAAGACUAUCUGGAUAAUUCACAAAGAGCUGAAAGAAGAGUUUGA